UCAGUGCAUAGUUAGCAAUUAUCUACCACCUUUACUACAUUGAGGAAAUGGAAUAUGGGGGUGAAAGGAAGAGCUUUAUUUGCUGUUGAAAGUGUUAGAUUCAGUGCGGUAGACAACAUGCAGAAAUAUGAAGUCAUUUCCAGAAAACACAGCUGUUCUCUAUGGGCUAUGAUCUGCAUCUGACUAAGGAGUUACCUGUGUCCAUGAGGGGUUCUUUGGGAGAUGGUGGCAGAAGAUUUAGAGGCUGAUUCUAACCUCCAGUGACUUCAGUGGAGUUACACCUGCAUUACACCAGGCACAUUCAGGGAGGCUGGAACAAUCAGAACUGCUACUGCAAACCCAGUCCCUGCAGUUACUGAUACGUCAGCAUAACUGAGUCGAAGACUAAUGUUGCCUUGGUGUAUGAUAAGGAAAAGAACAACUCCCUCCCUCUACUGCUAUUUAGAAACCUGACUGUCUAUUUGAGGAGGUUCAUGAACCACCCAGCUCCAGCAAACAGCCGCUACAAACCCACUUGCUAUGAACAUGCUGCUAACUGUUAUACACACGCAUUCCUCAUUUUUCCAGCCAUUGUGGGUAGUGCCCUCCUCCACCGGCUCUCUGAUGAUCGAUGGGAAAAGAUAACUGCAUGGAUGUAUGGCAUGGGCCUCUGUGCACUCUUCAUUGUUUCCACGGUGUUUCACAUUGUUUCCUGGAAAAAGAGUCACUUAAGGACAAUGGAGCAUUGUUUUCACAUGUGUGACAGAAUGGUGAUUUAUGUCUUUAUUGCAGCAUCAUAUGCACCAUGGUUAAAUCUUCGUGAGCUUGGACCUCUGGCAUCUCAUAUGCGUUGGUUUAUCUGGCUAAUGGCAGCUGGAGGAACCAUUUAUGUAUUUCUCUACCAUGAAAGGUAUAAGAUUGUUGAACUCCUUUUCUAUUUAGCAAUGGGAUUUUCUCCUGCUCUGGUAGUGAUAUCCAUGAACAACACCGAUGGACUUCAAGAAGUUGCCUGGGGAGGCUUAAUUUAUUGCAUGGGAGUGGUGUUCUUCAAGAGCGAUGGAAUCAUUCCAUUUGCCCAUGCCAUCUGGCACAUGUUUGUAGCUAUUGCAGCUGCGGUUCAUUACUAUGCCAUUUGGAAGUACCUUUACAGAAGCCCUGCAGACAUUAUCCGUCACUUAUGAUUUUUUUUU